ACGGUGGCAGCAGACCAAGCAGCACCCUGUUGAGCGUGUUAUUCUCAUUGGAGCGACAUCUGCUAUUUUGGCAUUGUGGGAUAGCUUGCCGGACUACUUUCGCCUGACCCAGCGCUGAAUGAGAAGAUGCUGCUGGAUGAGAUGUCAGUGGUUAAGAUGACAGAAGGGACCGUGCAGGUUUCGUGCAGCAAAGUGCCGCUGUUUUACAGACGAGCUGAACCUGCCACAGGAGAAGCCAGGAUGACCGUUUUACUCCUGCACGGAAUCCGUUUUUCCUCAGAAAACUGGCUCAAGAUCCGUACUUUGGAGACAUUGGCCAAAGCACAGUGUCAGGCCGUAGCCAUCGACCUGCCAGGACUUGGCCAGUCCAAAUCAGCUGAAGCCCCUGCGGCGGUGGGAGAAUUGGCCCCUGCAGGUUUUCUGAAGGAGGUGUGUGAGCAGCUGAGCCUGAGUCCAGUGGUGCUGAUCAGCCCGUCACUCAGUGGGAUGUAUUCCCUCCCCUUCCUCCACCAGCAUCAAGAUCUGGUACGCGCCUACGUCCCCGUCGCGCCCAUCUGUACCGAAAAAUUCACUGCAGAGCAAUACCAAAGUGUGAAGGUCCCGACUCUUAUCGUUUAUGGUGACCAGGACGCUCAGCUUGGAGAAGUGUCGCUCCGAAACCUGAGCAAUCUCGCCAAUCACAGUGUGGUGGUAAUGAAAGGCGCGGGUCACCCCUGUUACCUGGACGACCCAGACACCUGGCACAAGGCUCUCACCGACUUCCUCAACAUGCUGUGACUCUCUCUCUCUCUCUGCUGUGUAGAAUAAAUGUUUAAUUCCUGGAGGACCUGAAGAUUGUUAGUAAUCAAACUUUUUUCUUGAAAAGUGCACGAAGCUCAAAUGCUUAAUAGAGUGAAAUGUUAUCAGGAGAUGUUUAGCAUUAUUUUUGAUAUUUAGGUGGCUUGUUAGAGCUGAAAUUAUAAAAUGAUUUAUGUUUAAUAGUUUUAUUUCAAAUGUUAAUGAACUGUGUCUGAAUUGGGGGGAAAAAACACACCACAUGUGGAAAUGAAGUGAAAAAUAUGAACAUUAUUUAAUAACAGAUUCUCUGUAAUAAACAAUUUGAAAAUAUUUUACAAGGAGUCACAGACACA